UCUUGCCUACCACGAAACACCAACCCGAGUGAACCAAAACCCACCCGACCCGAUUAUAAAACUCCGAACCAACCAGACACAUGCAAUGGCAAUUGACUGGUUUUCCGUACACUCUGCGAAACUCUCUCUCUCCUCCACUACUCAUAACUAAUUCUACGCAAAUCGUUACUCACUCAUUCACAAACAACAUGCAAACCAAAUCUCAAUUUCUUCACAGUUGACGCAUUGUCAUCAAAAAUCCCUAAUCAGUUAUGAAAUUGACAUAAAUUUUUAGACAUUAACCGAUAGGUAAUUAGGUUGUAGUGAAUUGAAUAAAAAAUGGCGGGAAACGAUUGGAUAAACAGUUAUCUGGAAGCGAUUCUGGAUGUAGGUCCAGGUCUGGACGACAAGAAUUCGUCGCUAAUGUUGAGAGAAAGAGGGAAAUUUAGCCCUACUCGAUACUUUGUUGAAGAGGUUAUCACCAAAUUUGAUGAGACCGAUCUUCGUCGUUCUUGGGCUAUGGCCUCAUCCAUCCGGGAUUCAGAAGAAAGAAACACAAGAUUAGAGAACAUGAGCUGGAGGAUUUGGAACUUGGCUCGGAGGAAGAAAAAGCUAGGCAAAGGAACUCAACAAAAACGGAAACAAAAACGGGAACUAGCAAGGGUUCCUAAACCGUUACUUGCAGACAUGCCGGAAGAGUUAUCCGAAGGAGAGAAAGGCGAUACAGUCAGCGAGAUUUCACCAAAGGGAAAGGGCGUUAGCACUAAAGGUGGAAUGAAAAGAAUUAAUUCGAUGGACGUGUUGAAGAACUUCGCUACUCAACAAAAGGACAAGAAACUCUACAUUGUGUUAAUCAGUCUUCACGGUCUUAUUCGUGGUGAAAAUAUGGAGCUAGGUCGCGAUUCCGAUACAGGCGGACAGGUGAAGUAUGUAGUAGAACUCGCAAGGGCAUUAGGUGCAAUGCCGGGGGUGUAUCGAGUGGAUUUGCUGACUAGACAAGUAUCGGCGCCUGGUGUUGACUGGUCAUACGGUGAACCAACCGAAAUGUUAACGCCACUUAACGAUGACGACUGCCAAAGUGGCGAGAGUAGUGGCGCGUACAUAAUACGUAUACCUUUCGGUCCGAAAGACAAAUAUAUCCCUAAAGAGCUCCUAUGGCCUCACAUACCCGAGUUUGUCGACGGUGCAUUAACCUACAUUUUACAAAUGUCAAAGGUUUUAAGCGAGCAAAUUGGUGACGGGAAGCCCGUAUGGCCAGCUUCGAUUCACGGGCACUAUGCGGAUGCGGGAAACGCGGCUGCUCUUUUAUCCGGUGCGUUAAACGUCCCAAUGCUGUUUACGGGACAUUCUCUUGGACGCGAUAAACUUGAACAGAUAUUGAAACAAGGGCGGCAAUCGAAGGAUGAUAUCAAUACCACUUAUAGAAUAAUGAGGCGAAUCGAGGCUGAGGAGAUAACUGUUGAUUCAUCGGAAGUGAUUAUUACUAGUACUCGGCAAGAGAUAGACGAGCAAUGGGGUUUGUAUGACGCGUUUGAUCCCGUUCUUGAGAGAAAAUUACGAGCUAGGAAUCGACAGAACGUGAGCUGUUUCGGCCGGUUCGCGCCCCGUCCAAUUGUAAUACCGCCUGGAAUGGAGUUUAAGCAUAUUGUUCCGAACCGUGGUGGUGCGGAUGAUGAUUCAGAAGGAUAUCAGGAAAGUUCAACGACUCCAAACCCGCCUGUUUGGUCUGAGAUAAUGCGAUUCUUCACGAAUCCGCAUAAGCCUAUCAUCCUGGCUCUUGCUCGACCCGACCCGAAAAAGAAUCUGACUACUCUGGUCAAAGCUUUCGGGGAGUGCCGUGCAUUAAGGGAUCUUGCAAACCUCACAUUGAUAAUGGGAAACCGUGAUAACAUCGAUGAAAUGUCCGGCACAAAUUCGGCAGUUUUACUUUCGAUUUUGAAGUUGAUUGACAAAUAUGAUAUGUACGGUCAAGUUUCUUAUCCGAAACACCAUAAGCAAUCUGAAGUUCCCGAUAUAUAUCGGUUAGCAGCCAGGACGAAGGGUGUGUUCAUCAAUCCAGCAUUCAUUGAGCCGUUUGGUCUCACUUUGAUAGAGGCAGCAGCAUAUGGUUUACCUAUGGUGGCUACUAAAAACGGAGGUCCAGUUGAUAUUAAGAAGGCUCUUGAUAACGGGUUACUGGUGGACCCACACAAUCAGCAAUCGAUAGCAGAUGCACUUUUGAAGCUGGUAGCAGAUAAGCAACUUUGGUCGAAAUGUAAACAAAACGGUUUAAAAAACAUUCAUCUUUUCUCAUGGCCCGAGCAUUGCAAAACGUAUCUAGCCCGAAUAGCUUGUUGCAGGCCACGUCAUCCAAAAUGGGAAAGCUGUGCGGUUGGAUACGAGUAUUCAGAAUCGCAAUCACCCGAAGAUUCACUACGAGAUCUUAACGACUUAAAGAUUUCAUUAGAAGGUGUUAUACACGAUCAUGGAAGCGUUGACAGUUCGCAGAAAUCCGACGUGAAUUCUCAGUCGCUCAAAAGCAAAUCUAGCGUCGGGAAAAAACUCGAAAACUUGGCUAAGUUGCCGGUUAAGGAGAAGUCAAAUAAGGAUGAAACGUUAGCGAGAAUUGGAUCGCAAGAUACAAUCGAGUACCUCGAGUUACGGAGGAAGAAAACCGUGUUUGUUGUGGCGGUUGACUGUGGUUUGACUAAAGAUUUUGUCGAGAUUUUGAAUAUGAUUCUCGAAAUCGUGAAGGUGGAUAAGAAGGGGGAAAAUUUAGGGUUUAUAUUAUCAACAGCUUCGUCUAUAUCCGAGAUUCAUUCUUUUAUGAAAACUAGUAACAUCGAGUUUUCAGGAUUCGACGCUUUGAUAUGCAACAGUGGUAGUGAUAUAUAUUACCCUUCUUCUAGUGAAGGAAGUCCUAAAAAUCUUCCGUUUGUCGUGGAUUCUGAUUAUUCUUCGCACAUUGAUUAUCGUUGGGGUGGAGAUCACUUACAGAACACUUUAGUUCAUUGGGCCGCUUCUCUUAGAGAACGAUAUAAAGAUAAAGAACUCGUUGUCGAGUGUGAUUCUGAAUCCCGACAUUGUUUUGCAUUUAAAAUCAAGAACUUAGAACAUAUACCACCUGUGAAGGAUCUUCGCGAGUUUUUGAGAAAACAAGCUCUAAGAUGCCAGGCUGUAUAUUGUCAAAACGGUACAAAGUUGAAUGUGAUACCCGUGGUUGCUUCUCGAGCUCAGGCUCUAAGGUACUUGUAUGUGAGAUGGGGUAUGAACUUGGCGAAUACUGUAGUUAUCAUGGGAGAUUACGGGGACACUGAUUAUGAAGGUUUACGCGGUGGAAUACAUAAAACAGUGGUAAUCAAUGGAGUUUGUAACGAAGCACGUAAGCUUCAUAACAACAGAAGCUAUCCUCUAGAACAUGUAAUUACGUAUGAUACUCCGACUAUCGUUCAGGUCGAAGGAUGCAAGAAGGAUCAAGUAAUUCAAGCAAUGGCAAAGUUACAAGUUUGAUCUUUACUGUUUAGAACGUUAGAAGAGCCGGCAAGAUUAGGUUUUUUUUUUUUUUAAACCAGAGUCAACGGUAUAUGUCGGAUUUUUUCAACUGAAACUACAGGCAUAUGUUAUAUGUAUGCAAAGACAAAUGUUGUAAAUGCCUCUUCUUAAUUUGUGGUCAAUAAUACAAUAUUCGUUA